AUGGCAUCCCGUGGACAGCUAUGCGUCGGUGCGGGAAGUGAGGGAUCGAAUGUGCGGGUCAAUUUGCGAGGAGCAUCUGAAGGACCAAUCAAGACAGAUCCCCUGGAUGUUGAGGAGGCCUGGGUGGAAGUUGACAAUGUGGUAUGCGAUGAUGACGACGAAGACGAUUGUGAGGAAGUCUGUGACAAGAACGAACUGCCUCGAAAAAUAUGCGUCACUGUUCCAUUGUGGGCUGGUCUGGAAGUGGUCAUGAAGGAAGUUGAACUUUGGACUACAGCCCUCGAAGCUGUAGGAUCCAACCCUGGUUCCGAUGAUACUAAAGGAGUAUUCGUUGACGUCUUGGUCAUAGACAUACUCACUGCAGGCGACGCAUAA